AACUGUCAUGGCCGCUCAGUCCGCGUAUUGACGCCGUCGAGUCGCGCGUAUCCCUCUCGCCCAGCGAAUAUCGUUCCCGACCACCCAUAAAAAUCAAAGAACCAUAUACAUUUUAUUUCUAAUCUGUGUUUGAGUGAUAUUGUGACGGUUGCGUACUUAUUUUGCGUCGCGCGUUCCCAGUGUACGUUACGCGGUGGACGCGAAGAUCACGAGUGAACCGGAUUUUACUGGAUAACACCAGCUAUCAGCCGGCUGGCCGAGUUGUCGGUGUAGGUAUGGGCGGAGAUGGCAUGGCGUAGUGGCGACAUGGCUGCGCCGCGGUUGGCGCUGGCCACGCUCAUCGCCGCGCUGUUUGUGUCGGCGAGUUCGCGCGCCUCCACGCAACAGCCGGUGCAGUUUGAAGCCGCGUUUCAAGGGCGGUGCGGCGAGGGCAGUCCGUGCGAGCAGCUGUGUCGCGAGCUGCAUGACGGCACCUACGAGUGCGGCUGCGGCCCUGGUUAUGUGUUAAACGUCGAUGGAUAUGGGUGCUCAGAGCUAAACGCUACAAGAGCAACCGACAUCUCAGACGCGGACGAAGACGUUCUAUAUCAAAAGGACGUGUCCUUCUCAGCAGAACUAGAAAUAGCACCGUCCAAUAGAAUAAGUAAACCUACUGUUAGCUUAAAACAUAUCGACGAUGACAGAACGCAAAGACUUACAACCACACUGCCAAUAGUUUAUAACACGAGAAGUACACCAAAUUAUACUUAUACGGGAGAGAAAUCUAAGCAAGUGGAUGGUUUGAAAAGUCUAAUAGAGGACGGAGUUAGUAAAACGGACUUGAAUAUCAUUGCUGAUGAAGUCAAAGAUGAUUUAUUGGAAGCAAGUGACGCGAAGGUGACAACGCUCGGACCUAGUUUAGAACAGAAAGUGCCAGGAGCGACAGCAUCUCCCCCAUGGACGGCGGCAGUCGAGGCCUGUGACUGUGAUAGUUGUAGCAACGAACGGUGCCCUUGCGCCGGUAACCCCAAUACUUGCAAACCUGACGGUCGCGUAUCAACGCCGCGCUUUUCGGGCGCGUCAUGGCUCGCGUUACGCGCGUUACGCGGCGCGUACAAGCGCGUUCGCGUACGUGUACGCGUUCGGCCGGAGAGGGCGCGCGGCGUGUUGCUGCUGACUGGCGAACAUGAUGAUCUGUCUGGGGAUUAUUUGGCAUUAAUGCUGAGGAAUGGUCAUGUGGAAUUGAGAUUCGACUGCGGUAGCGGCGCCGGCAUCCUCAGGUCUCCGGAGCCAGUGAGACUUGGCCACUGGAACACCAUCUCCGUGUACAGACACAGAUGGGACGCGUGGCUCCGGCUGAACAACGGCAAGAGGGUGCGGGGACGGUCUAAGGGUCUCUUCUCCCGCAUGACCUUCCGCGAGCCAGUCUGGGUCGGCGGUGCAGGCAACACGACUGGUCUACAAAGCAAGCUGGGCCUGUCUGAUGGCCUGCUGGGCUGUGUCGACUUCUUGAGGAUCAAUGGGGAUACAUACCAGCUUAUGAAAGACGCUGUGGCCACGCUUGAUAUCUCGGAAUGCGCCCCAACCCUCGCUCCAUGGAAACCACCAAUAGAAGUGACGACCAGCGAAGCGACACAAAAGCAAGAUGGCACCGAAACCCACAUAUACGACAUCAACGAUAUAGUGCACUUCGAAGACAACGACAUAGUCAUGAGAGACGCCAAACGAGCUAAAAUACACGAAAACAAUAAGCUAGACAACUCCGUCGUGCCAUUCAAAACUUACUCUAACGACAAUGAUGUUAAGACUCAUUUUGGUAAAGAUAAUAAGAGUGCAGGAGUUGUGGUCGAUGUGGAUAAUGAUUUGAAGAGUGAUGACAGAAAGGAGGAUAAGUCUUGUGAGUGUCAGCACGGAGGAGGUUGUGUCGCAAAUGUGUGUCUAUGUCCCCUUGGGUACGCGGGAGUAAAGUGCGAGAUCACUCUGGAUUUGAAGGUGCCUCGUUUCAAUGGGUCGUCCUAUCUACGCUUGCCCGGGCUUGGGAAUGCGGCAGAAUCCUGGCUGGAUAUACAGAUAACACUAAAACCGAGCAGCGGCGAUGGUCUCGUCCUAUACAACUCGGAGCGAGCAGACGGUGAUGGUGAUUUCUUCUCGUUACACCUGCGGGACUACUUCGUGGAAUUCGCCUUCGAUUUGGGCGCUGGUAUUGCUCUCGUCAGAUCAGCAUAUCCUAUCGAAGCGAACAAAUGGCACUCGGUAUCAGUGUCCCGCGCGGGCAGACGCGCCACACUGCGCGUGCGCGGCGCGGGCGGCAAAGCGCGAGCUGUGACGUCACGCGGCGCGCGGCGACGGCUGGCGCUGCGCCAGCCACUGCUGCUGGGAGGAGCACCACAUCCACUGCCUGCCAGGCUGGCACUCUCACAGUCCUUUAGCGGCUGUGUGUCGCAGCUGAUAAUAAACGAUGAGGAGUUGUCAGUGGUGUCGGCAGCGCUCGGCGGACUCAACGUCGACAACUGUGAUGACUCCAAUAAUAAUUGCACCAACAAGAACUGCAAAGAAAUUCUCCAACCGAUACCCUACGCGCACAACAUCUCAGAAACCGACCCCCACCACUCAAUAGUAGCGAAAAAAGGCUUCAAACAAAAGUACCACAAAACACAUAAAAAGCAUACACACAUAGACAAAUACAAAAAGAAGAAAUAUUUCAUAAGUAAAAAACAUCAAUUUCUUAUGGAAGGCUUAGAAAGAAAUAAUGAUGUGGUCACUGAUUUACCUUAUGACGGACAAACUUAUAUGCAAGUGAAAUAUUUGAGUGAUAACGAAGUCAAUUGGGGAGAUAUGAAUACGUAUCCUAGUUUUACGGGGACGGAUAGCUUCAUUCAUAUUGAUGAUGAAGAUACUAUGAAACGGCUAGUAAGCUACUCGCUGGACAUAAACAUCAGGUUCCGCUCGGUGUCGGCGUCGGGGCUGCUGGUGUGGAGCGGCGGCGCGAGGCACCCGCCUGACUUCCUCUCCCUAGCUAUUGAGAACUCCGUGCUUGUCUUCAGGUACGACUUGGGCAGUGGAGAAGUUGUUAUCAUCGCGAACCAUACGAAAGUAGAUGAUGGACUCUGGCACCGCGCUAGAGCUACCAGAAAUAGACAAGCAGGCGUAUUAGAAGUGGAUGGGCUUGGCUCCGUGGGCAAAGUCUCUCCCGGGAAACUGAAGCAGUUAAACACUGAAAAUGGACUGUAUAUAGGAGGUCUCCCAUCAAUAGAAGUGAACACUGCAGGCCGCUACCUGCGCGGUCUGCAGGGCUGCGUGUCGUCCAUCUCGCUGAGCGGCGACUUCGACAUCCCGCUGUCCCUCUCCAAGCUGCCUCACACCAUCACCAACAACGUCGGCCGCUGUACUCCAUAAAACAUGCACUAUUCAUUUAAAUGAACCCACCGCGUUCAUUUAAGUGAAUAAACUACAUUUGUUACUAUUAACAACCAGUUCAUUUAAUAUUUAACGAGUUUAAAUGAACUUGUUAAAUAUUAAAUGUAACUUCGUUAUUAGAAUUAGGUGUGACUCAUAGAUUUUUUGUCUUCGUUUUUUGAGGAGUUGCUUUCGAUUAUGUAACGACCAAACUCCACUACAUAUCAAUGUAAAUUAAAUGUCGGAGGCAAUAAACUACAAUACGAUGUUUUUUCAACAUUUUUGAUAUAAAUCUCUGAUCGUUUCCUCUCAACAAAUCAAUGGUUUGAUUUUUAGUUUUUAAAUAAAUACUCUAGUCAAUUUAGAAUAAGUAAACUGCGGGUUUCUGAAUCUGUCAUCUUUGUAUUGUUUUUUUACUCUUAUUUAAUUUAAUCAUUAUAAUUUUAAUUUAUUUUCCAUGUACGAUGGAAUAACUUUUCAAAGUGCUUUACUAUCUAGUAGAUAUAUAAAAAAACCUAUUUGUAAUGUUAAAUUAAAUAAAAUUCUAGUCGUACGAGUGGUUUGCACGCAGUAUCAUUUUGUAAGAAACUUUUUGUUUCAUAGCUAAUCACAAUUUGUUACGAUGUGGGUGUAUUUUAUAUAAUCGCAUGGACGAAGCUGGGAUAGCUUUACGUAAGUAUCAGAUUUUAACCUAACAUCAUCCCAAAUAUAAUCAUGAAUUUUUGAAAAUAAUUACGUUAGGUUUUCUUUAAUUUCCAGCAGUUUUCUAGUCACCUUAUUAAUUAAAGUACAUAUAUUACUUAAAAAUAUCCCAGCUGUGUCCAAGUAAAAUAGUUCAAUAAGUAUACAUACAUAGCGUUUGUAUAUCGAAAACAUUUUCAUAUGAACGUGGUUUUAGAACAUUUGUAAGUAGUACAAUAGAGUUUGAUGAUACUGUAAUAUUUAUUGAGCUUUUAUAUUUAAGCCCGGGAACUAAGUCAUAAGCCCUUUUAAUUUUAGUCUUUAUGAACAUGUAAUUCAUU